AUGGCGCCGCACAGUAUUCUCGAAUGCGACGACAUCCUUAUCGAGAUAUUUCAGUACUAUCAUCCUAAAUAUCUCCAGGGACCCGGCGACGAACCUGAAUUAAAAGUGGCCAGAAACACGCUUGCCUGCAGUGCUCGUGUCUGCAAGGCAUUCUUGCCCCAUGCUCUAGACAAGCUCUGGUGGAGAAUUGACAAGAUUAGCAUUGCGUUGAAAGUCUUACCCGCCUUUCGGGCGGUCUAUGUGAAGCGGUCUGCUCGCGGGGAGAAAUACACAGAUGAUGAUGAGGAGUGCAUAUAUGUAUGCCGCGGUUCUCAUUUCAGCCUACGCCAUUUAUCUGACACGGUGUUUCAGCAUCUCCAGCGUGAAAUAUUCCCGAGCGAACUACAUAGAUUUUGUCAGUAUGCCGACAAGGUUCGCGAACUUCAUGUAUCUGGCGAAUGGCGACCGGAGAUGCAGACUCUGGUCCUCGGGCAGGUCGCUAAGCUGAUAGACGGUCCCCUCUUUCCGUGCGUCGAGAGUCUUGUCUGCGCACAGCGAGGAGUUAAUGCGAAGCUCACGGGAAUUUUCCCGUUCGUGAUAUCCCCGACUCUUCUUCGUCUUGCUCUUCAUCUUGCUGUUCCCGAUGAGCGACGCAUCUCACGACAGGCCUUUAACAAUGAGGAAAUGUUCGGCCGAGAUUUGGAUGGCCUUUCCCCUCUGAUAGCCGCCACCUGCGCUCAGAUACAGCAGGUCGCGCUAGUUGGCGGCUGGUGUCCUUUUUCCAUGGCCACACUCAUUGACGCAUGCAAUAGCGCUGCUCCUCUCGUCAACUACGCGCCAAUCUCAACGCUUUUGACGCCACCCAAUAUCAUCCAACUAUCUGACCGUACAUCCUGGAUCCAGCUCGACGCUGACGUGGCCAGACCCCUCCCCCCACUGCGCAGACUGGAGCUCGCAGGUUCGGUCUCUAUCAUCAGCAAACUGUUUGCGUUAUGCGACUUGUCGAUGAUCCAAUUUCUGGGCCUACAGUUUGAGUCCAAGACAGAACCGCAGUCAUUACGGGCAUGUUUGUCUGACAUUGCGUUGAAGGUCUCUACGUCUUUACAAUCAUUGCAGAUUCAGGCUACUACGACUACGCUCGACCUCAACAUAACAGUGGAAAGGGUUAUUUUUCCGCUGCGUACGAUGAUCACACUGCGGUCGCUGCGCAUCUACAUACAACUGCCUGCCAAAGGACAGUGUCAGCUUGGCGAGUUGCACUCCAUUGCGCAAGGUUGGCCGGCACUGGAAGAACUCGAGCUUCACUGCGGAAGCCUCAGCCGCUCCCUCCAGACCCUCUUUGACAUCGUGUCUGUGUGUCCUCGGCUUCGCGUCUUGGUGCUACCAGAGAUCAAACUGUUCCCCCUAUCUGAACUCCGCGUACACGGUCUCUCAACCCACCCAUUGCGCAUCGCGGGCUUCGAUCGUGGAGAUGUCGCCAAACCGGACGACGAUCUCCGCCAGGUCGCAGUCUUCCUCGAUUCGGUAUUCCCCGAGCUGGAUGUUCAGAAUUCCAUGCGCUCGCAACGGUCGUACAUGAAAUCGUUGUUGAUACCUACCGUGCCCGAAUUGAAGACUGUCUUGAAUGAUAUAUUAGAGGAAAUCGGCCAGCUUCGGCGGGAGAGGGAGCGAGUGCACGCUAUAUGA